GGCAGCGGCACCGCGGCGCGGCCGGGAGGAGGCGGGGGAAGCGGGGCCGCCGCGCGCUGCCGCAUGUGCCCGGAGCCCCGCGGCAGCCGCAGGAGCCGCAGGAGCCGGAGCCGGAGCGGGCAGCGCGGGCCAUGGCGGAGCAGGGCGCCCCGGCGGCCGCCGUGCCCAACGGCGGGGGCGCCGCCCGGCCCCUCGGCAACAAGGUGACGGUGGUGCUGGGCGCCCAGUGGGGCGACGAGGGCAAAGGCAAGGUGGUGGACCUGCUGGCGCAGGACGCCGACAUCGUCUGCAGGUGCCAGGGAGGCAAUAAUGCAGGGCAUACAGUUGUUGUGGAUUCUGUGGAGUAUGACUUCCAUCUUCUGCCAAGUGGGAUCAUCAAUCCAAAAGUCACGGCGUUCAUUGGAAAUGGUGUUGUAAUUCAUUUGCCAGGGCUCUUUGAAGAAGCUGAAAAAAAUUUAAAGAAAGGAAAAGGGCUAGAAGGCUGGGAAAAAAGACUAAUAAUUUCUGACAGGGCUCAUAUCGUAUUUGAUUUCCACCAAGCUGCUGAUGGCAUCCAAGAACAACAACGGCAAGAACAAGCAGGAAAAAAUUUGGGAACUACCAAAAAAGGAAUUGGCCCAGUAUAUUCUUCAAAAGCAGCACGAAGCGGACUCAGGAUGUGUGAUCUUGUUUCUGAUUUUGAUGAGUUUUCUGAGAGGUUCAAAGUGUUAGCCAAUCAGUACAAAGCGAUAUAUCCUACCUUAGAGAUAGAUAUUGAAGGGGAAUUGAAAAAGCUCAAGGCCUACAUGGAAAAAAUAAAACCAAUGGUAAGAGAUGGUGUCUAUUUCAUGUAUGAAGCUUUACAUGGACCACCAAAGAAGAUCUUAGUAGAAGGUGCAAAUGCAGCACUGCUGGACAUAGAUUUUGGCACGUAUCCUUUCGUGACUUCAUCAAACUGCACAGUUGGUGGUGUUUGCACAGGUCUGGGCAUGCCACCACAGAACGUCGGAGAAGUGUAUGGAGUUGUGAAAGCAUACACAACUAGAGUUGGAAUCGGUGCCUUUCCUACAGAACAAAACAAUGAAAUUGGAGAAUUGCUGCAAAUGCGAGGUAAAGAGUAUGGUGUUACCACCGGUAGAAAGAGAAGAUGUGGCUGGCUGGACCUUGUUCUACUCCGAUAUGCCUACAUGAUUAACGGAUUUACUGCAUUGGCUCUUACCAAAUUGGAUAUCUUGGAUGUAUUUCCAGAAAUCAAAGUUGGUGUUGCAUACAAACUAGAUGGUGAAAUCAUACCUCAUUUUCCUGCCAACCAGGAAGUCUUAAAUAAAGUAGAGGUUCGGUAUGAGACACUCCCAGGAUGGGACACAGACAUAUCAAAUGCAAGGACAUUCGAUGAGCUGCCUGUAAAUGCACAAAACUAUGUUCGCUUUAUAGAAAUGGAGUUGGGUGUUCCUGUUAAAUGGAUUGGAGUAGGGAAAUCCAGGGAAUCAAUGAUCCAGCUGUUUUAAAGAUUUCAGAUGCAUGGAAGAAAGCACACUCCUCAAAAGACUGCUCAUUCUUAAAUGCAUUGGUAGCCCGCAAAGCAAAGAUGUUGGAAAGAUAGAUUUUUUUUUUUUUUUUUUUGCAUGGAAAGAAAUGCUAAAGUUGAUACCCCUAAAUCAAUUGCUACUCCUGAAAGAGACUUUAACAUGAAACUGUGUCUAUUCUUAUUCAGCUGCAAAUUCAAGGACACUUGUUGUCAUUUGUUGUUCAAGGUGCCAUCAGAUUUUUUUUCUACACCUAAUAUUUUCUUCACAAUGUAAUUCCUAUUUGAUAAUCUAAGGUAUCAUUACUUUCAUGACUGUUUGUCUUUUGUUAUCCUCUCUGCUUUUGGCGGUGUUACUUCCCUGAAAUUUUAGACAGUAAAAAUAAUGCAGUUUUGCACAGAUAGUUUUACAUCCUCAUUAUUUGUAUUCCUAAAGCUGUUGUAUUCUUUAUGGCUGCUCUUGUGAGUGAUUAAAGAGAGGGAUUCUGAUUUUGUAAUGCUAUAAAUGCUGUCUAAAUUAUUGUGUGAUCUGUUUUUUUUAAAAAGGUGUGAUGCCAAAUUGUUAAGAUUGUCCAGCUUUUUUAGCUGUAUAGCACAGGAAGCUUACUCUUUGUAACUCACAGAGGACACUCAAAUGUUUACUGGAAAGUGUGCCCAGAAAGUUAGAAAAUUGAUAUUGUAAAAAGUUCAUUUGCGAUUAUUAAAGAACAGUUUUGAUUUUGAGUUAAAUGUUUUAUAACAUCUUUUUUUUAAAUUGUUUUUUAAUUUGGAAAUCCCUGCACUUCUCUACUUCCAAAGUGCAUGUUUCAGGAAACUGUUAUAUACUUACAGUUAGGCUGUUGUAGUUUCAGCAAAAUGAGCUUCUAUUUGGUGAGAAGUCUAACAUUUUGAUGCCCUUUUAAAUUCCUUUUUACAUAACUAGUAGAAGAUCUUUCUCUGGAGAGCUAACAAAGCACAAACAAUUUUGUAAUUCUAAAUUGAAGAUGCUUUAGAAAUAACAUGAAGAAUGUUCCAUGUAUUUGCCUUAGAUGUAGGGAAAAUAAGUAUUCACCUUAUGACAUUGACAUAUUUUGGUUUAUUAGUGUUGUAAAACAAUCUAGAAUGAUUUUCAUUUAUAACUGUUAUGAUUUAAUACAAAGAAUCUGUUUUUUUGGCAAUAACCCAUAACUACAUAUUCCUAUUCCAGAUUUUUUGACGAUGACUUUGUUUCUAUCCAUUAUAUCGUGGUAUUCGUGUGCUUCUUUUUCACUCCAAAUAAAAUUUACUUUUCCUAAAACCAA